GAUCCUAAUAAGGCUACCAUGCUUAAUGAUAUCAACUUUCAGACAUUUGGCUGCAUUUCCUACAGCAUAUUUGUGGCAGCGUCACCUUUGACAUGCUUGAAGGAUUCACCAAGGAAAGGAGAGAAACUUGCCGUCAGCCCUAGUGGUACAUUAGCUGCUAUAACAGAUUCUCUUGGCAGGAUUCUUUUGCUGGAUACUCAAGCACUUGUUGUUGUUCGACUUUGGAAGGGUUACCGGGAAGCAUCUUGUCUUUUUAUGGAGGCAAUGAUUGACAAAGACAAAGCGUCAACUAGUUCAAACUACCCUGGACUUAGAAAAAAUGACUACUACUUAUGUUUAGCAAUUCAUGCACCACGUAAAGGGAUUAUUGAGAUUUGGAAGAUGCGAACUGGACCUCGGCUGCUUACUGUGCAAUGCCCCAAAGGAAGCAUAAUUCUGCAACCUUCAACCAGGUCUGUGGCAUCAAGUUCAUCAACCUACAAUCCUCUUGAGGUUUUCUUACUGAAUGGAGAUUCUGGACAGCUGUCAGUAUUGAACAGAUCAAUUAGUUAAACAAAUCCUUUGAUAUCAUUAUUCAAUAAAAAUAUAUUAUAAUUAAAUAUAUUAAAAAUCUACAAGACUGAUAUUACAUUUUUUUAAUUUUUUUUCUUUCCCUGGUGUGAGAGUGUAAUCAUAUUUAAUUAUUUAUACAGUAAUAUCUCAUUGUUCUACUAUUAAUUUGUUUUUGUUCUCAGUGUUUAACUUAAAUUUCUUUUGUCAA